CUGAAAUUGCAACGCAACCGUUUCCGACGAAGACAAGAACGAUAACAAAAUUGAAAUCGAAUUGGGUGCGAAGUGAAAUGUUGCAAACCCUAGGAGGCGUAAUCCCUCGCUUCGUGAGUCGCUCAUGGCUCCGAAACCUGACGGUGCGUGCAAUGGCAUUCUCUUCCUCCUCCUCCGAUUAUGGAGACCAGUCACGUGGUGGCCUUCCCCGCUUCUACUCCGAAACUCUUCCUCCUUCCAAGGGUAGUGUUAUACGCGUGCAAGGUGAUGAAUUCUGGCAUAUGACAAAAGUUUUGAGGUUGACCACCAAUGAUAGGGUACAGCUCUUCAAUGGGAAAGGAAGUCUGGUAGAAGGAUGCAUACAGAGCAUUGAUCGAACUGGACUUGAUUUUGUUGCAUUGAAUGAUUUGAUAUCAAUCCCUCCACAAAAUACACAAUUGCAUGUAUUUGCUGGUUUUGGUACUCUGAAGGGUGGCCGUGCUGACUGGCUUGUAGAGAAAUGCACAGAAUUUGGAGCCAAUAGUGUUACUCCUCUAUUGACUGAACGUUCUCCGUCAAUCUCAGAAAAUCGGGUGGACAGAUUGAAACGUGUCAUUUUAGCAGCAUCCAAACAAAGUCAACGACUGCAUGAAAUGGUCUUGAAACAUCCUAUAGAGAUUGAUGACCUUUUGCACCUUAUUGCGCAAUCAAAGCUAUCUCUUGUUGCAACUGCGAAGGCAACUCCUGUUCUUAGUGCAUUGGCAUCCUUGGAAAAGGAAACUAGUGGCUUAAUCAUAAUUGGACCAGAAGGAGAUUUCACCGAGAAAGAAGUGAGUAUGAUGAUGGAAGCAGGUGCUACAGCUGUUAGUCUUGGACCUCAUCGUCUUCGGGUUGAAACUGCCACGAUAGCACUUUUGGCAACUGUCAUGUUAUGGUCUGACUCACAGCAAAUUUCAGUCUGUUGAUUCCUCAGUGUAGCUGAGAGAGUACGUGGAUGACACAGAGGAGUGGGAGGACUACAUAAACAUUGCCCUGGAUUGAGAAACAAAACCGUCUCCUGCAAAUGGGAGUGAAGCUGGGCACAGCAAGUGUGCUUUUGAAUGCCUUAAUUUGUGUGACUGGUGUAUUUGCCACGAACAUUCAUAUUAAGCUAUUUGAUACAGGGAUGCCUCAGUUCCUCGGGACUAUUUUUGGAGGCAUUGCUGCUUGCAUAUUCUUGUAUUUGGUUACCGUUUUUUGGUAUAUGGUGGACUAGCUGCCCACCAAAUUGUGUUCCAAAUAUAAAUGUAAUUUGAUUUGAAAGUUA